AUGAACGAUCUCGCUCAAGCCGUCGCUUUCUUGGAAUCCGUCAAACUCGCUCAUGGUGAUUUACGACCUGAAAAUGUUCUACUUGAUCGCAACCGACUAAAGCUAUCCGAUUUUGAUUGUACGGCGAAAAUUGGCACAAAUUACGAAGCUUGCAUGGCUCCGUAUGGCCGAAUACUCAAUAAUAAUGAGUCAGACCAAGGAGAAUGUGGAACUUUUGGCUUUCUUGGCCCUCGAACAGAACAAUUUGCCCUCGGUUCCUUGUACUAUUUGAUGAACUACGGCUUUGAGGUUGAUGGAGAUCGCUGUCUUGCCGAGGAUCCUUACGAUCAUGGCCCUAAGGUCGUGGACCUACUACAGAACAUGGAGUUUCCGAAAUUGGAUGGCAAUCCCCUGAUUGAUAAUAUCAUCGACAAAUGUUGGCAUAACAAAUAUGUCACGGUCUCAGAAUUAGCCGCGCACACGAAAACACUUUUGAACGAAAGAACCGAUGCGAUGGAAAGUAACGAAAACGGAAAGAAAAGUAGCGAAGUGGCCGCCCUCAUCAAAACUCCUUUCAACGAACGACGGCGUAUGGUCAUGGGUCGCAUAAUCAAUGGGAUAUGCUAUGGCCUUGGAGUGUGGUGGAGGUUGUUAUUACAGAGUGUCCACGGCGAAGCAACAAUCGCCGGGCGAGCCAGUGGCGAUAAUCGUGAUGUGGAUCAAAACUACAUGGAAGAGGAUUUUUUUUCGAAAAAGGAAUUUUGUCAGGACCUGGAGAAACGUGGUCUUCUUCACGCGCUUUCUACAGGCGAGCCUGAGCAAAUUGGAUUCUCUUUUGAUUGGUAUAGGCACAGUCUUUAA